AUGAGUGAAGAUAAUGAAAAGAGUUUAGCUCAUUCUUCAUAAAAUCAAUUUGAAAGCAACUUUAGGAAAAAUAAAAGAGCAUAUACUAAUGUUGCUAGAUUAGCUUAAAAAGAAUUAAUAAAAAACUAAAUAUAAGAAGAGUAAGUAGAAGAAGAAGAUCCUUACGAAAAUGAAUAAUUUUUAUAGAGUACAUUUAAAGAUUUAGGAUCAAAGUUGUAUAAAUCUUAUUUGUAUCUCCUGCUUGGUGACGAAGCGAGCAUGAAAAAUCAAAAAUAUGAUUUAGAUAAAAUUAUGAAAAGCUACUUAAAUAAUGGAAUAGAAUAUGAAUAGGACUAUUUAGAUGAAAAAGAUUUUCAUAUGGGCGAUCUCGUUAUUGAAUUUCCGAAUCCUGAUUAUUCAAAAGAGUUUAUUUUAACAGAAAAGAAAAAGAAGUAAAAAAAACAAGAUAAACUUGGUGAUAAACCUUAAGAAAAGUCUUAAGAUAAAGAUUAUGAUGAAAAAGAUACUACGAACUUUGAUGCUAGCAGUAGAGUGGAAACAGAACAAGAUGAAAAAGUAGAAAAUUAAUAGAAAAAAGAUUAAGGCUCUAAGAUAAAACGUAUUAGUUUACAUUAAGCUUAAGAUGACUUCAAAAAAGCUUUCAGUAUGGUUGAUGCUUCAAUUAGAUCAGAUGUAAGUGAGGGUAAGAUAUUUUAGAUAUGCUUUGAAAAUGCUUUCAAAAAAUUAGCUUAAUCCCCUGAAGGUAAACCAAUAAUCAAAUAAGAAGACUAAGAUAGCCAUAUAAAUGAGUCUCUCUUUGAUGAAGAGGAUGAUGAAAAUGCUUAAUAUAGAGUAUCUGAUAAAACAAGUGAUACUUUAACUAUCUUAAGAGAUUUGUUAUUCACAAAUAAAUAGGUUACCUAAAAAAAACUUACAAAAGAUUUAACUAAAAAAGCUAAUCAUUUGCUAAAUUAAAGAGCAAUGAAAAAAAUUCUUGAUUAAAAUAAUGAAGAAUAAUAAGAAGAUUCUAAUAGUAAUUUAUAUGAUCUAAGUGAUAUUAUAUAAACAGAUCCUAAAAAUGAUGAAGAAGAAGAUGCACUAAAUGCUGUUCUAAAAAAUAAUUAGUUUUAACAAAAAAUAAUAAAAAGUUAGAACAUCAGAAAAAUAUUUAAAGGAGGUAAAUUUUUAAGGUUGACAGAAGAUAAAAAGGCCUUUGAAAGAAGUGAAAAUUUAACUUAAGACUAUCUUACACUAAUAAGACAUACAACUUGGAUUAGGUUAAUAAAGUAUGGCUUUAAAUUAAGACACUUUUUAAGUUAAGAUGCAAAAUCUAUUUUCACAGUAUGUUAUGCAACUGAUGAGAAUUUAAAAAUCACAGCAGAAAAAGAAUAGAUCACCAAAGAGCUUUAUUUGGAAUUUACAGAUUUACUCUCUUUGGAACCAGUAGAUGCAACACUUAGACCUUUGAGAUUAAAUACAAGACUAAGGAGUUUUUCUAGUGCUCAGUAGAAUUAGGAUGAUGAUGAAGAUGAGGAAGAAAUAAAUUAGAAUGAAAAAAUAACGGGUUAUUUAAGAUACAUUAGAGGAGAUAUUUAAAGGUUACUUUAAGUUAUUGAUUAUAAAAAAAUAGCUAGAGAAACUAAUUUAUCAAAAUUAAAUCUUGAAAUUUUAAGUGAGAAAGCUGUUGAAAUAAAAAAAGACUAAAAUCUAACCAAUGCAUAAUGGGAAAUUUAUCUUUAGUAUUUAAAAUAAUUAGCUGAUAAAAUUACUGAAUUAAGAGUUUAAUAUAAGUUUACAAAAGGUGAUAAAAGAGCCUAAAGGAUUUGUGAAAUAAUAGAAUUUUAAUAGUUUAAGCAUCCACUACAAUAAAUUAUAAAAAAAUUCUUACAAAAAAGUGAAAAUCUAAAGUCUGAAAAUAGAACUCUCAAUACAGAAGAUAGUGUAAUAUACUUAAAAACUUAAAAUGAUGAAAAGGAUGAAAGUAUUCUUGCUAAAAAGUCAAGCAGUGAAUUGACUUACAUAUUUAGGAUAAUAAAGGAACAUUUAAAAGAUAUUAAGAAGGAUUUAGAAGAAGUAAGAGAUGCUAAAAUUACCAAACAGAAAGGAUAGAAUAAAUAAGAUAUUUAAAAGGAAAUUAUUAAACAAAGGUAAGAUGACAUGAAAAAGCUGAAAAAAAUUUACAAAAAGCAUCGCUUAUUGCAAAAUAUUAUGGAAAUAAGAAGCAAGAGAAUAAGGUAUUUAAUGCUUGAAUUAAUCAAUAACCCUUAUCUUUUAGAUUAGAAAUAUGAGCAGCUUGAAUCAGAAGUAAAAGAACACGAAACAAAAUAUUCUAAACUUAGAGAAAUAUUUAGCUUAAAAUAAGAUAAGCUCAUUCAUGUUAAAUAUAUAAAGCAAUACUAAUACUAAAUCCUUGCUUUUAAAUACAGAGAGGAGUUUAUAAAAGCUCUAGAUGCUGCAAAUUACCCUUAUCCCUUUCAUCAAAAUUUAAAGAAUUUGUGGGAUUAUAUGAAUAUGAACCCUUAAGAAACAUAUGUAAACUACUUUAGAACCCCAAAGAAUAUUUCAUUCCAAAAAAAAGUUAAACUAAACUAGGCUUGGGUUAAAUACGAGGUAACUUAAAACGGUAAAUAAUCGUUAUUCAAUAACAUGGAAAGGCUUAAGAUUGUAAAUUUAGCUAUUUAAAAGGCAGUUAAUUUAUAUUAUUUGCAAGAAAAAGGAUACAUUAAAUAAUCCUUCUUCUUAAAUGAUAUUUAUGAUUUAGAAGGAAAGACUUAUAAAUAUAUUUUUAGUGGUUGCCCUUUAAAUUAUAAGGAAGUUAAAAAAACUGAGAAGUUGAAUAAAUUAAGAAAUUUUAUAAUUAACACUGGAAAAAAUGAAUAACCAAAUAAUUAAUAUAGUCCUUAAAUAGAUCCUUUAGCUCUAAUAGGUGGAGAUAGCUUAAACUAAUCUAAAGAAGCUUUAAUGCUACCUGAAUCAGAAUAAAAUCAAGUUAGAAACAAAGAGCAAACAAUAGAUGAUUAUGACUAUAUUUCAUAAAACUAGCUAGCUUAGAAAGGAAAUUAGAGUUAAUAGCCAAAGUUUAUGCUUGAAACAUCUUAAGAAGACAAAAUUUAUGUUAAGAAAAAAAUAAAAAAUUUGAUUUUCGAAUGGUCAUUUAAAAUUAAAAUGCCUUGGUACAUUCCCACUUAACAAAUUAGAGAUUAUUAUGGAGAAAAGGUUGCUCUAUAUUUCUCUUUUUUAGGGUUCUACACUAACAGCUUAUUAAUUAUAGGCAUUAUUGGGUUAAUUAUCUUUAUUAUUUAGUAAUUAUUUGUUUUUUAAAAUCCUGCCAAUGCAAACUAUCUAAAUAUUGCAUUUGGAUGCUUGAAAAUAGCUUGGACUUCUAGAACAUUGUAUAAUUGGAAACGUUAGGAAAAAUUAAUUGCUUCAAAAUAUGGUUAGCUAUAAGACAAGAAAGGGAAUGACGAUGAAAGGAAUGUAGAAGAUGAAGAAAGACCUGGAUUUGAUGGUAUCUAUAUGAGGUCUUUAAUCACAGAUAAUAUGAAUAGUAUUUACUACCCAGAAUUCAAAAGGCUCGUAAAACUUAGUUUGACAAUGCUAACAUGUGUACUUAUGUUGGGUCUUUAUUUUUCUUUUGUUGCAGCUAUUUUUAUUGUUCCUCAGCUUUUAGAGAAAUUUGCUGAUAAAGCUCCUUUUUUAUAAAAUGAUGUCUAUAAAGUAAUUAUCCCUGGAUUCUUAAAUGUGAUACUAUUUUUAAUAUUUGAUGGUUAAGUUUAUGGCCCUUUUUCAAAGGUACUCACUGACUUUGAAAAUCAUAAAAGUUUUGUUGACUACGAAAGAAAUUAUGUUGCUAAAAAAUUUAUUUUCUCCUUCAUAUCUUUGUCAGGACCUAUUUUUUUAAUUGCUUUUCUAGGCUAAUUAAUCCAAAAUGCGUACACUGAAGAAAUAUUUAGAUGCUCAUUUUCUAACUGCUAUAAGCACGCUUAAUAUCAUUAUGCAACUAUUUUUAUUAGCCUGUUUUCUAUUAAUCUGUUUGAUAUUAUAGGCCCUAGAAUAGUUAGCAGCUAUAAACAGUAUAUAAAAAAAAGAAACUAAAAUGUUUUGAUAACCUAAAAUAAUAAAGAUUUAAAAGAAUCAAAUAUCCUAAAUAAAGACUAGCUUAAAAGUGGAGUAAGCAAAAUAAGUGGAACUAAUUCUAAUUAAAAUAAAUCAGUCAUUGCAGCAGAUUCAUCUUAUUAGCCAGACUCAUUUUUUUAUGAAGAAAUGGAUUAGAAUGUGGAAUAAAUAAAAUUUAAUGAUAUUAUAAAUAAAAUUAAAAUAUCAAAAUUAUUUAAUGAUAAUGUUUACAAAGGCCUUACUCCUGACUAAUAAAAGAUUAUAAAUAGUUAUCUUCAAAAAAAUAGAUUCCAUAUUAUAAAUUUGUACAUUAAUUAAGAAUCAGAUAAAGAAUAAUAUUCUGAAUCAGCAGAUAUUUAUGGUACAGUCGAUGAAUAUUUAGAAAUUUGUUUGCAAUUCUCCCUAUUAACGAUGUUUGGUAUGAUAUUCCCUCUUAGUUUUUGGAUAGCCUUUAUAUGGAAUGUUAUCGAACUUUAGACUGAUAAAGCCAAACUAAUUAAAUUUACUUAAAGACCAAUCCCUCUAAAUGAAGGAAGUAUUGGAAGUUGGUUAAAUUUAAUGGACUUAGCAUCAUAUAUGUCUAUCUUAACAAACUCAAUUUUAAUUACAUUUCUUUAAGGCUAAAUAAAUGAGAAUAACUUGAUUCAAAUUUUCCUUUCUUUGAUUGUAUUUAACUUUUUGUCUAAAUUUACCUAAUCUGCUAUUCUUGGUGAUAUCCCUUAUAGACUAUCAAAUCUUCUAAAAAGAUAAGAAUAUAUUUUAAGAUCUACUGUUGAAGUAUUUAAAAAAGUAGCAACACCAGACCCAGAUAAAAACUAAAACAAAGAAGAAGAUGAAAACCAAGGUAAAAAACAUAAAAAAGGAGUUAAAAAACUACAUAUUGAGAAUCAGUAAUUCGAUUAGUUGACAGAAGAGGAAGAAUAAAGAAUGAAUAGAUUAAGAUAUUUUAUGAACAACAAAUAUGAAGCAAGGCCUGUUUUUAAGAUAUAUAAAACAAUUUGCAAACCGAGAGAGUAGUCUUAGCUUCAUGAUAGCAUGAAUCAAUCUUUCGAAAUCUUAUCAAGUGACGAUGAAAAUAUUAUUGAUAAGAAGAAAAAAAAUAAGGAUUAAAUCUCUAAAUAAGAGCAAGUUGUUUAAAUAUAGCCAAUGCUCUGGUUAAAUUAUAAAUGGUACUGUCAUUAGGGAGUAAUUCAGAGACCGAUCAUGAUGAAAUAAUAACUGGCUUAACAGAUUCAAGAAUAUAAAAACAAAUUCUAUGAGUAAACAAAGGCUUAUUUGCAGAUUGUUAAAAACGUUAAUAUUCAUAAGAUACUUUUAGAAAAAAUAGAAAAAUAUAACAGAAAAGUAUAAGUUUUCAAUAUAAAUGCCAUUUGGGCUGAUUAAUUUAGGGUAGUUGACAAUUACAAAUCCACUGAGUAGGUAUUGGAAAUUCUUUAUAGAUUAAGGAAUGCAGAAUAGAAUUAGGAGAAAAUGGAAUAUGACAAAAUAGAUGUUAACAUUAACUUGAUCACUUAAAGGGAUAUUGAUAAAUAUUUUGUUCCUAGAGGACCUCGAUUUUAAUUUUCUGAAAGCUUUCUUAAAGCUUCUAUUUAUCACAAAUUAUUAAACUCUAUGUAAACAAUAAAUAUGAAGAAAACAAUUCUGCAGAAAUCUCCUAAUGAAAUAUUUUAGUCUCCAUACUUUGAAGAAAAGUUGCAUUAAGAAAGAUUAGUAUGGGAAAUAAUAAAAUAAAGAUUUCUUAUAGAUAUUUAUAUGCCAUAAUCCCUGAACCAAACUCCAUAGCUAGAUACAUGUAUUCCUUCACAACUUUACCCAAUAAUAUAAAAUUGGAAAAUACAGGUAAAUAGCUAGGAAUAAAUGUUAUCAUUUUAAAUUGUAAAAUAUGAUGAAAAUUUUGGAGUUCCUCUUUACUUGAACGAAGAAACUGAACUAACUAUGAGGACGCAUUCAACUGAAUUGUAUAACAGCGGAGAGCCAGGAUUUUACAUAGCUAAGUAGAAUGUUUGCUACAUUUACCCAGAGUCUAUGUUUAACUUCACAACUAGAGAUUAAUGCUAUGUGAUUAGAUAAUUUAAUGAAAAAUACAUUUGCAAUUUAGAAGAUGCUGUUAGAAUGAGAAGAAAAGAUAAUAAAUUUAAACCAUAUUCUUAAAAUGAGUUACUUGGGUUUUUGAAUUAAUGGCUAAUAAAUUUAGGAGGGUUUUAAGAUUAGUAUUAAUUGUAUCACUCCAAUAUAACACCUCAAACAUUGAUUUAAACUGCUAGUUCUAAUAGUGAAUAUAAAUUGAUAAAUUUCUAAAAUUUAAUAUCUGGUGAUAUUGAUAUCCAACUUUUAAGAUAAAUCACAGAAGAAGAAAUGAUAUUUAUAGCUCCAGAGCUUAUAACUACAUUUUUCUCAUCAAAAGAAAAAUAAGUUACAGUUAAUAUGUAUUCAGCUGACCUUUAUUCAUUGUGUAUGGUUUUACUUUAUAUGGCUACUCUAGGAGACAGCUAAACUGAAUUUUUGAAGUGUAAAGAAGCUGCAUUAAAAGUUGCAUUCCCAAAAUAAGUAACUAAGCAAAACGGUAGUAUGAACUCUUUGGCAUCCUCUAUGAGUGAUGCUUCUUAAAUUAUGCAAACAAAAAAGUCAGAAAGCUUAUCAAACUCUUUAACAACAAAUAACUUUUAAACUAAAGAAAAGAAAAAGAAUCCGUUACAAAGUACUAGUAAUCUUAGUUUGCUUAUGGCUAAUAGAACAGAUCAAAAAAUGAAAAUUGAUAAAGAAAUGGAAGAAAAUACAUUUGAUCCUAAUCUUAGUGAAGGAUAAAAUCUAAUUCGAAUAUUAGAGAAUUACUUUAAUAGCUAAAGUAGCAAAGUUAUGAGAGAAAUGUAUCCAAUAUUGUUUCAAGUUAUAAAAUAAGUUGUCCUAUAAUCAGAUCCAGAAUUACGUCCUAGCAGGGAAAAGCUGUUAAAUAUGAUUCAAUUAAAUUAGAAAUAGUAAUUUUAUGAGAACUAAUAAAUAUUGAGAAAUUGUUUCUAAGAUUUAGAUUCUUUGAGUAAAUCAAACAUAGAAAAUGAAAAGAAAUCUAGAUACUAAAUUUCGAACAAUUUAUAUCAAAAGGUUUUGCUGUAUAAUAAAAUUUCUUUAUUCCCUCAAACUAUUAACCUUUUAAAAAAUCACCAUUUCAAUACUGAAAUACACAUGAAUUUUGAAGACAUUAGGAGACAGAUAGAGUCUUAAUUACAAUUGAUCAUAGCAUAUAUAGGAACCUAUGAGCUGUAGGCAGCUUUAGGUCAAUUAGAGUUGUGCAAAGAAUCCAUUGAUAAUAUUCUGCAAGGAAACUAAUUAUUUUGGUAGAAUAGUGAGAUGUUUAAAACAAAAGAAUCUCCUAUUUCAGGAAACAUUAAUCAGAGAAAGAAUUUUUAUGAUCCUAAAAUACAAUAAAGUGAAAGAGAUAUAAUAACAAGAUUUUAAAAUUAUUACUUUUACCUGAAAGCUUAUGCAUAAUUCCUCAUUAUGGAUCUUAGGUACAUUGAGCCUGAAAAUGUAAACGAUAAAAGAAAAGAGAGAAGAGAGAGAAACGAAGAGACAGAAAAGGCAAUACCAACUUUAUUUAAAAAUUGCUUACAAUGUCUGGAUAACAUAAUAUAAACUAUUGUUAAUGAAAACAAUGACAAUAGAGAAAAAAAUGGAGAGGAAGAAAUUAUUUUGUAUAUAUAGACAGUCAUUUUAAAGAUAAAAUUACUUAUUGAUUCAGGUUUAGAAAGGUAGUGCUAAAAAUAGUUUAAUACAAUUUUUAAUCAAAUCACAUCCAUAAAAUCUAAAUUAUCAAAAUAAGAAAUAAAUAAAAUAUUAAUUGAUUAGUUCUACUUUGAGAUUACCAUUCUUGAGUCUGAAUUUUACAUGUAACAAAGCAGGUAUAAUGAUGCUCUUAAUGUUUUAGAAGAAUAUAAAAAAAAUACCACACGAUACAAAAGAAUCAGCUAAUUUAAGGAAGAAUAUCUGGAUAAUAAUGUGAAGAUUUUAAAAGAUUAAAUGAUAUUUUAUUCACUGUAUUCAGAUCUCUGCAUAGUUACAGAAAACAUUGACGGCUAUUAAGAGAAAUAUCAAUUAUUAAAGAGAAACUUUUUUGGCAUGAUAAAUAAUGCAAGUUAUUCAUUUUGUUUCUUUUACGAUAUACUAGAGUAGCUUUUCCAUUUAAUUGAAUUGGAUUCCUUAAAGUAUGAUAUCUUAUAUAAGCUACAAAAAUGUCUAUAGUUUGUUUACAUUACAAAAUAUGCUCCAGAGAAGUAACAAGGCUCAAUAAGCUCCUUUUUAGAAAUGAAAGCUUCUGAAGAAAAGCUUUUCAAUCCCUAUUUCUAAUUUCUUAUUGGAAAAUCGUUUAUAGGUAUGGAUAGUCCUAGAGACAGAGAAGCAGGAUAUGUCUUUCUAUACAGAGCAUAUAAAAUUUUGAAUUUUACAGUAAGAGAUUCCUAAAAGAAGGCUUAAAUAUAAGAAAGGGAAUUACUUUAAAAUAGAGGCUCUUUAAUUCUUUAAUAGAAUGCAGAAGAUGAUUAAGGUGAUAUACCUGAUAGGCAAUACUCUGACUUUUCAAAAUACAUAAAUUCUCUUGAAACUGAUAAAACAAAUGAAAAAUAAUAGAAGCUCAAAUUUGUUUUUAUUUAUAAUGAUUAAUUUACUAAAAUAGUAGAAGAUAUUUAGAUGAAAAUGGUUGAAAAAUCUUAUUUCUUUUAGCAAAGAUUAAUAGAAAAUAUCCUGUAUUGUGUCGAUGUAGAUUUAGACAAAGAUUAAAUAGAGAUUAUAGAAAAGCUCAAUUAUUUAUAUAGAAUGAGACCUUAGAGAAAAAUAUCUUCUAUGUACUUUUCAACAUCAAAUAUAGAAAAAAAAAAGAAGGAAAUUGAGGAAUAUAGAAAAACAAAAAAGAAUACAAAUAAAGACGUGAUUUUAGAAAACAAUGAAAGUAUAAGGAUUGAAGCAGCUUACAUUCAUUAAUAUACUGAAUUUAUGAGGAAAGCUAAGUUAUAUCUUUAAUUUAAAAAAUUUGAUUAUGCUUUGACUUAGUUAAAAAUUUUAAAUAACUUGAUUUAAACUUACAUUAAGAACUAUGAAAGCAGUAAAAAGAAAUAUUUAAGUAAGCAAAAAAAGAAACAAAAUAUAGACGACUAAAAUGAUUAAGACAAAAUCUUAGAUGAUUUGUCUGUUUUUGCUGAGAAAAAGCAACUUACUAUCAAAAUAAUAAUUGAUCAAAUAAGCGUUUUAAAUAUGAUUGCUUUAUGUUAUUACGGAAUGCAUGAUAUUAAGUAAGCUAAGACUAAUGUAAUGAGAGUAUUUAAAUAAGAAAAUAUAGACCAUUUAGGUCCUAAUUUUACCAUCAUAAGGAAUAUUAAAGGAUGCACUCUAUUUGCCUUAGAUUACAGAUCUUUAGGUAUAUUUUAGUCAAGUUUAAUGCUAAUAGAAAUAAUUGAUAGGGUUUUGCAGAAAGUUGGCCACUAUCCUUCAGUAUCUAAGACAAAAAUAUUGCAAGAUUUAUAGAUUCUAAAAAAUAUUGUAUUGUUUGAGGCAGGAUAGCUUGAGCUCUAUUAUUCUUUUGAUGAGUUUAGAGAGUUUAUAUAGAAAUAAAACAUGCCAGAAGAUGGAAACCUUGAGAAAGGAGAAUAAGAUGAUGAUCAAGAAGUUUUCAUAGAUGAGUAAAAGAUAAAAAACAGAAAAUCUAGACCCUCUCUUUAUAGAUCAAAUUAGUUUAAUUUAGAAGAAGAAUUGAAUUAAGAGACAUAGAAUCAAUAUAAAAUGAGGGGAUUCUAUCUCCACAAAUAAUCAUAAACACUGAUUAAUUUACUAAAUUCUCAAAAUAUCUAGCAAUUUAAAUUACAACAAUAUGAACUAACUUUCUUUUUGUCUAUUGUCUUCUUAGAAUUAGGAAGAUAUAGUAAAUCACUACUUGCUUUUAAAAAAGUUCUUUAGUUUGAUUACAAUUAGUUUCUCAUAAAUAAUGAUAAUAUCUCAUAAAUGCAGUUUCUCUAUGAGAAAGAAGAAGUCAGAAACAUCAAGAUCAGUUUUACUUAUGCACAAAUUUUGCUAUGUAUGCACCAAUACAAACAAGCUCAAUAAGAAUUGUUGAAAUUAAAGGAAUAUUGUGAAACUACAUUGUAAACUAAAAAAGAAUAGAUGUAGGAUACAAAUAUUUAUUAUAAGCAAACUUAUGAUUCAAUAGAAUAAAUAUAAACUUUUAUCGUUAGCUACUUGUUCCUUACAAGUAUUAAAUUAGGGCAGGAAAAUGUGUAAGAGAAAUUAAACGAAGUUGUUAAUUUAAAUAGAAAACUUACACGUCACUAAAAAGAUACAAAAGAUGAAAGAACAUUCUUGCUUCUUUAAAUUUCAAACUGCUAUUAUACAACUGCAAUUUAUCAUGUAAGCUAAAUGUAGCACAGACAAGCCUUAGAAACAGUAAGAAAAGCUCUAAACAUUAUAAAUAAACUCAUGGGAGUUAGAAAAAGAAAAGCUAAAGAAAAUGACUUUAAGACAAGAAUUUCUGUGAAAACUUUAGUAAAUAUUGAAGAAGAUGAUAAUGAUGAUGAUGGAGAUUAGAGCCCAUAAUUAAAACUUAAAAAGAACUAGCCUAGCACUCUGUUAGAAAUAUAGCAUAAAGUGGAUCCAAAAUAAAACAUUGAUAUAUUGGAACAGAAUUUAUUUGAAAAUCUGAUAUUAAUUGACAACUUUAGAUGUACUUUAGAGCUUUCAGAGCUUGAAUUGGAAUAAAAUUUAUUUUCAGGCGUUUAGCUAUAUGAGUUAUAUUAUAAAACAUAAGAUCUGAUUUCAUCAAUAAAAAUCAGAAAAGGGGAAUAGUCAUGGUUCUACUUUAAAAUACUUAUAAUCAGAGUUCAAAUACUGCUUAAAUUGCUAUCAAACUAGGGAGGAAAUAGUGUAUUCGGUCUCAUCGAAUACUAGAAAAAAAUAAAAACUGAAAAAAAUUAAAACUUUGAGAAUUAGGUUUACAAUAUCUUUGGAAUAAAUACUCAAGGAGACAACUUUAGCGAAGCAGAUGAAAAAAUAAUUUUAAAGCAACCAAAGGUACAAAAAUUAUUAAAAAGAUUUUAUUCUGAAAAACUAGAUGAAGAAAUGGAGGGUUAUGGAAUUUAAGGAAAAAUUAAAGUUAUUCUAGCUUAAUUUGAAUCUGAAUUAAAUGCUAAAGAUAGAAAUGUAUCAUAUGAUGAAGUUAAAAGAAUUAUAUAUGAUGAUUUAAGGGUAUGUGAAGAAUUACUAAAAAAAAUAUAUUCUUCAAAUGUAGACAUAAACCAUUCAGCUAAUGAAGAUUUUGCAUUAUUAAAUAUGUCUUAUGGCGAAUAUUUACUUUAAGCCAGAGAUCUUUUAGGUUCCAUAAGCAGGUUUAGAUAAUCGCUUAAGAUAUUUAAACAAUCAAAUUAAUCGUUUAUUUAGAAUAGUGUAGCUGUUAUUUAUUUAAAAAUGGCGAAAAUGUAAGAUCAUAUAAUAGCUUUAAUCCAUUAAAAUAUCGAACUACUUUUAACUCUUGAUAUUUCAUCAGUUACCUAAAAGAUAUAAGGCAAUCUCUUUGAAUUCGCUAUUAAGAGGAUGAUUAUGAUGGAUGAAUCUGUCUACAAAUGCUUUUUCGAAUAUUCAACAAACAAAAUAGUUAUCUUUUUAAUUGAUACUCUAAUUAAUAUUAAAUAGCAAUUUGAUAAAAAUGAUUCAAAUGAAGAGCAAAAGAAGUUAGUUUAUUAUUAAAAAAGUAAAUAAUAGCUUGAAAUGGAGUAGCAAGUGAGUAAGAUAACAAAUACUAGUAGAGACAUAUUAGAAUAGAUCAUUCAUGAUAAAGAGCAAAAAAAAUCAAUCUCAAAACAAGGCAAUCUAGUAGAGGAUAUUUAUAGCAAAUCCUUAAUUGAAAUAAUUUAAAGUAGAAGAUCAGUUCAUGGACUAAAUAUUAAGUAUAUGCAAAAAGACAGUGAGAUCAUCUUUGAAAACAAAAAAAUCAAGUAUCUUCGUAUGGCUUUAAUGGUUCUAAAGCAGCUUAACUGUUCGCAUACUGAUUCCUUCAAAGAAGUUGAAAAAGAGUAUAUGAAUGCCCUUCAAAGCAACUUUGAUUACAGGGAAGAAGAGUAUUAUCUGUAAUACGAUAAAGAUUAAGAAAUAAACAUGCAAAGAAAAACCUAUAACAAAAUAUUUUAGUUAGAUUAAGAUGAUGAAGAAUCCUAAGAACACGGUAGCAACGGACACAAUUAAUUUAGUUAAAAUAAAUCUAAAUAGGGCAACGAUGAUUAAAGUGAGCUAAGUCACAAUAUUUAUUCUGUUGAUUUUUUCAGUGCAGUAAGCUCGCCCUAAAAGAUAAAGAAAUGA